AUGUCCAAGGACCAUCCCAGCCCCCCAUCCUCACGCCCUCUGCAUCAGAAAAUCCGCCUCCCAGCCUCUCUGUCCAGUGCUCUCCUGGUUCUUAUUGUCACCGGCCUGUUCCACGAACUCAGUGACUUCCGCCGAGAGCUCCUCUUAACUGCAGAUGGGGGCAAGGAAUCACGUCGUCCUUGCGGGGCCCCUUCGGCCGAUAGCUACACUGCCGGUCAGGCCCGCGUGCUCGGACCUUCGGGCGCUGUCCACAGCGGUGCGGGCAGAAGGGGCCGUCGCAAGCCGGAGCCCCGAGCUCCGCUACGUCGUCCUUCCCCCUUCCCGAGGGUUCUCUCCGCGCGCCCAGCUCCCGGGUCAGCGGAGCGGAGACGGGGCACUGGGGCUCCGCGCGGCCCCCGGCGGGCGGGCGUGGGCACAGGCGGCGCGCCUCUGCGGCCGGGAGGCGGGGACCCCGCAGGCCCGCGAUCCGCGGCUCCGCUGCCUCGCUUCCCCUCGUCCACCGCCAGGGGCAGCGCCGCGCCUCCCCGGCCCAGCGGACGUGACGUCACACGCCGCGUCCUGCGCACGUGGAGCCCACGCUCGCGCCCCGCGUACGUCGUCCCGCGCGCCGGCGCUGGCUGGCGUCUCGGGCAGGGCGAGCGCGGGAUCCUCGGGAGGGCGAGCGCCCCGCCGCCCCGGGUCGGAUCCCCCGUGGAUAUGGUGCCGCGUCUGGCUGUCGCCAUGCUGCCCUACGUCGCUGUGACCGUUGCACAGUGUCGCUUCUUUCUGAUGAGCUCUGGUAAGUCAAGGCACUGGGCCUCGGACGUUUCCACACCAUCUGGAAUUCCUGCUCCUGUAAAAGGGCCACCCAGGAGCCUCUGCCACAUGCGUCUGGUGGGCUUGAGGCCUUUCUGCACGUGCCGCCGAGACGGUAAGUCUGCGAUUCGUGCCUGUGAGCUCAGGCGCCUCGGGCACCAAGGGUCCAGGCCUGGAGCUCAUGCCCAGACCAGCAGGGACAGAAGCGCACCUGGCCUCUGGCCGACCCGGGGCCAGGAGCACCUCCAUCUCCUGUGAAGGGCAAGUUCUGGCUGCUCGCCGGCUUUCUCCGCCCUCCUUUCUCGGCCAGGUUUGCUGUCCACCUGCUGAGACUUUUCAAAAUGUUACGGAGAAAAAGUAUGCCUCACAUGGCAAAAAAGUGGAAACUUCAGUGUUCAAAUAUGUAAGCCUGUUACAUGAAAAAUCUCUAGGUGACCCAGGCAGUUAAUGUAACUUUUUGACUUUGUUAAUCAGAAGGAAAGAAUCAUUACUUGGAAGGAACAAACUUACAAGAGAAAUUAAAAAUCAGACGAUCAAAACCAGCACGCUGGCCCCUUCCUCCUGCACACUGAGAACUGAAAUUAAUUUCCUGGGAAACUACAUUUCCUCUGGCAUUUUUUCUAGCUCACAUGCUUCAUUACAGCCAUAAAAUAUGCAAAAAGUGGGAAAAGGGUGUGAAAUCAAUUGUGAGUCAAUACUCAGUAGCUCUCCUAGGAUACCUGCUCUCCUGUUCCUUAAACAGACCCAUUUCAGGCAAGGUUAAUGGUUUCCACUGGGGGUUUUUGCCUAAAUUUCUAGGUAUAGAGAUUUUUAUCAAGAACUGGGAAUUUAAUUCUGCAAAGGAUUAAAGAAAAAGCAGACAAGAUUUGUAGAUUACCUUCUCAAAUAAAAGGACAGCAAGUCCCUUUAGGAAAACUAAAAAGUACUUCAAAUUUUUAUCUUCUAUAAGAUGAGCAUUCAGGGCACCUUUCCAAUGUUUUGAUUAAUCAGUAUAGUGCUUUGAAGUGACCACCACCAAGCCUUUAUCUUUACAUAUUUCCGGGAGCGUACAGGACAUGCAGGCACCCCGGGACGGCCUGCCGUCUGGGCAGCGGCCACAGAGAGGGUGUCAUUCAUGGCCAGGAUGCCGGCCUUUCCCCCUCUUGCCAUUAGCUGCCCGGGGCAUUCUUGUCCCGUCCCCGACUGACCUCCCUCCAUAGCCCCCCAGUCAGCUGGUAGGAGCUUAGGGGCCUGU